UGAGACAAUAAUUUCAGCAUGGCAACUAACUCAAAUGAUGUUGUAAGUUCAAUCUUGGAUCGAAUUCAUAGAGACGGUCUCCUUAGGAUGAAAGAAUAUGUAACAAUUGGUUCCUCCGUCAUAGGUAGAGUUUCUCCUUUCCUUCGAAGCAACGAUUUCAACCACCAUUCUAAUUACGACCCUAAGAUCGUCUCCAUUGGUCCAUACCAUCACGGCAAGCCAGAGCUCGAGAUGAUGGAGAAAUUCAAGCCGCUAAUAGCUCGCCUUUUGUUCCCAAACAGAGCCGAUCUCAACAAUAUCUACAACAAGAUCCUUCAGAUUGCUGAUGAUUUGAAGAGCUGCUAUGACGAUGUCUCUACCAAAAAAAUCACUAAUUUCAAUUUUGCUGAAAUGAUGCUCUUAGAUUCUUGCCUCGUUAUAGCCUUAGUAAUAGAGCCACAUUUUAAACUACCUCCCAUCUUCAUCCCCUCUCUUUCCGUGUUACACGAAGACUUAUUAUUGCUCGAGAAUCAACUUCCCUUCCGCGUUCUUAAGCUCGUCACCGGCCUAUUGAUAUCCGUUGAUGACGAUAAUGAAGUGAUUAGAUUCAUCAGCGAGAAGGUGGAUCACAUGCCUAAUCUUAUGCUCAACAAUGCUAACAAACACCGUGUAAACUCAAAUGAUCAAUUCCAACAACAGGGCAGACCACAACCAGUUCAUCUCUUUGAGUUACAUUACCGUAACUUGACUUUAAAGACGACGAAAGUUCAGGGGACCCGAGUACCGUCUUCUACGACAGAGAAUUAUAUGCUCGCUUAUGGUUCUGUCAAAGAGCUGAAAUCGAGAGGUAUCCAUUUCAGGCCAAGUAAGACCCGUUUCUUGAACGGCAUCUAUUUCACGUCCUACUUUUUCUUCGCCAAGCUCCAAUUACCGCCAAUCUUCUUCGAUUCGAACUUCGGCAUAAUAGUGUCGAACACGAUUGCUUUUGAGCAAAGUCGGCAUGACCACGUGAAACCUGAGAUAAUAUCAUAUAUGUUGUUCCUAAGAUCGAUGAUCGAUGGCCCAAAUGACGUGAAGGAGCUGAGAUGUAAACGGAUAAUCAACACUCGAGGAAUGUGUGACGAGCAGAUUGCGGAUGUGUUCAAGAAGAUGAACUGGGGUGGCAACGAUCUGAGCAAGUAUUAUGAGGUGAGGGGGAGGAUUGACGAGCAUUACAACAACAAGCUCAAGACAAUAAUCCCUAAACUGCUUUCUAGUUACUUCAACAAUCCAUGGACAUUUAUUGUUUGUGCGGCUGCAACAACUGGUAUUGCAAUGACUACUGUCCAAGCCUACUAUGCAAUCCAUCACGAGUAAAUUCAGCUUACUUAUUACUCCAUUAAUGCAUCGCUUCCGGUCAAAUUAUGUAUCUGUUAAGGUUCUAGGGAUCAAGUGUGUUAUAUAAACAAGUGUCAUAACCUAGACUAUAGACUAUCAUGUUGUAAUCUAUGUUCUGAUCUCCUUAAUAAUAAUAUCUCUGCAUUGUAGACUUAACAAAGUUUAUUUUUUGGUGAACCACGAUAAAUUCGUGUC